CAUUUUUUUAAAAAUAAAAUAAAAUAAAAAUACAUUUCCUUAGACCUAUAGCGAACUGUAUUUAAUAUUUUUUUUAUUCUUUCCAAUUUCACUAGGCAACCAGCGAAAUGUACUUUUUUUUUUAAAUUUUUUAAACAUUGAAUGUAUCAAACCCUAACUCCACCGACACAAGUGCCUUCUUUUCUCUUUCUCUUUCUCCUUCACCUUCUGCCUUUCUUUUCUUCUUCCUUUCUCCAUUCUUCCUCUUCCUCUAUGAAUCCAACACCAGUAUUCCUCAACUCUUUCUUCAUAAUUUCUUCAAAUAAUUUUGAGGUAUGGAUCGCCCCACAGUGACUGUACAUUUCAGUCCAAAAGAGUAUGAUUUGUUAAUACUCCAGGAGCAGGAUCGAUCCCAGGCUAUGUGGGAUGGGAAGUUGACUCGACAGGACGCGUGUUUAACUAUACAUCGUGCGAAUUUUGAAUUCUGGAAUCACGUGAGGCAGCACCCUUUGCACCACCGCAUCUUUAAUUACUUUGAGAGAUGUGGAUCUAGGGGAGUUUUAGAGGUAGGCGAUGUGCGUUAUGAUGAAGGAAUCAUCACUGCACUUAUUGAGAGAUGGCGUCCAGAGAUGCAUACUUUUCAUAUGCGCACUGGAGAAUGUACCAUCACAUUGCAGGAUGUCGAGGUCUUACAUGGCAUUCCCGUAGAUGGUGAUCCAUUUGUGCAAGCUGGUGUUAGACAAAUAAGCAAAUCAAGGUGGUGGGAGUUGAUGUUCGAGCUUACUAGUUGGUUGCUCGAAGGAGGAUCAAUUAAAGGUAACAUCUUGUUGAGGAUAAAAUCAUUAUCUAAGCAUGUGAAAAUCUUGCAUGAUAUUGAUGACGACACAGACGAGAUUGUAGUGCAAUAGAGGGUUAGGUUGUUCCUGCUUUGGCAGUUUGGUGGUACUAUAUUCCCUGAUAAUACUGGUGCAUGACUUAGUUUAGACUUUUUGCUUGACAUAAAGGACCUUGAUGUAAUGGGCAGGAAAUCUUGGGGAGUAGCGGCAUUAUCAUACUUGUACAAUUAUCCAUGUCGUGCUUCGAUGUGGAAUAGCCGUGAUGUUGGUGGAUUUAUUAUUUUUGUUGCAGGUACGUGAAUUUCAAUAUUAUGUUGUUCUAUUUUCAUUAUCCGUCUUAUUUAAUUGAAAAAAUAUUUCUAUAUUUUAAUUUACUUAUACAGGUUUGAGUUUGGGAGCGACUUAUCCCGAUGCAGCCAUCACUACGUCCUCUAAGAGUAAAUGAGCGAGAUACGAUAUUUGCCCAGAAAUGGACUCGUCAUGAAGAUCGCGAAAGCGAGGCACGAAUUGUGCCAAUACUUAGUAGGGAUGUGUUAGACAACCUAACUGAUGAUCAAGUAUUUUCAUUUUAAAAAUUUUUGAAGCUGUAAUUUGAUAAGAAAUGUGCAAAAUAUAAUAACAAUAGAAAUUUGCAAGAAAAUAUUAGCAAUCGGUUUAAAAAAUAAAUGUAUAUUUGCGACCCUUAUGUUUUAAUUAAAUUGAUUUAAAACUCAUAAUAAUAGCGGAAAAUGUAAAUCAUGAAUUUGCUAUAUUGUAAAUCAUAGCGG